AUGAUGAUACCAAGAAAAGUUCGGUUUGUUAUUCCCGAACAGCCAUAUAUUGGCAGUACCCCCUCCAUGUUCUCCAUAUAUGGGAGCAAUGUCGACAGAGACAGUCUGGCAGCGCUACGCCUUCCUCUGGACAAAGAUCCCAUCGCCUGGUGGGGUGCAUAUGUACCAUUAGAGUCAUGGACUCCUCCUAAGCUGAGAAAAUCAAAGUUCAAAGGAGUAGUUGGAUUGGCGGACUAUCCACAUUUUAAAAAAUAUAACUUGGAGAAUGAAUUUCCAGCCGGCUAUGAAAACACAGAUGACCCCAUCGCAAAAAGAGAUCAAGCAUACGAGCUGUGCUUCAAUGGCCACUGGGACGAAAUCAGAAGCAUGCUGUCCGAUAUGUAUCUUCUGGAAAGCAUGCGGACCUCUGACAUUACGGUACACAUGGUCUCACCACCGGGAUUCACUGCCGACAUCACCGGAAGAAACGACCGGGAUCCGCAGGACCUUGCAUGGGAUAAUCCGAGUUCGGAGGGGUCGCCGAAGGAUCCAUAUGCCAGCCAAUGGGGCCAUCCUAGCCAUGAUGUAGGCAUCGCCGGUUCAAGUGAAUCGAUGGCCGAUGCCUACAAUUGUGGAUGGGACAAUCCAAUGCAUGAUGAAAUUAUCACACUCCCGGGUAAGUCCAGGGACGAUCUGUAUGAUUGUGGAUGGGAUGACCCGAUGGAUCAUCAAUUGAUCAUGGAAUCCGAUCAUCACAUCAUAUCCACCGAUGACUCUGUGGAGGAUCAAUACGACUGCGGAUGGGGUGAUCCGAUGGAUACCGACAAGCCAUCCACAGCGGUGAUGGCAGAACAGCACUGUGGGGAUGUAAACCCAUCGGUGGCCGAGGAUUUGUAUGAUUGCGGAUGGGAUGCAGUAGGUAUGCCCGGCAGGCAUGCAGGAAAUGAACACAAUGUCUUCCAACAUGCGGAACAUUCUAUGCGACAUGCCAUCAGAAGCCUAUGCAGUAUUUGGCAUGAGGAUGCAAAUUCUUACCUGAACAACAUACUGCCAACCGACGAGGUUGACCGAGACCAGACGCCAGCAGUGACGCAGACGGCAAACCGAAAUGUUCUGGGGACAUACGCGGACGCAGUGAUCAAAGUGACAGAACUAAGUGAGGACGUUGCAACCAUUCACCAUUUCCUUAAUGUACAGCGUCGGAUCAUGGACCAACUGGACAACAUGAUUGCAAUUUGUGAAAGGGAUGGCCGGGCUACAUGA